AUGUCCUUCCGCAGACCCAUGAACCCCCUCUACUCUCAACCCUCAAGUCUCUUGGACUACCACCACAACCACCACCACCAGAUCUCUCUCACUUCACAAUCCCUUCGUGACCCUCCAUCACACCACCACAGUACCCCCUCAUCCCCUUAUCCAACACCAACAUCGCCUCCCUCAUCAACUAACAUCCCCGCCAGCGAUGCCCGUCCCCAGGAACCCCCCAUCCCGGGAAAAGAAUACUAUCCAAACCAACCGAAAUCUCUCGCCGGCAUAGCCCUCCGCGCCUUCCUCCUCGGCACCGCCUUCACUACCGGCCUCGUCUCACUCACCGCUCUCCUCCUAACAACAUCCUCCCCCCUCUGGCGCCUCCCCUUCUUCCUCUCCGCCCUCUCCCUCUUCCACUUCCUCGAGUUCUGGACAACAGCAGCCUACAACACCCCACAAGCAACAGUCCAUGCCUUCCUCCUGACAGCAAAUUGGCCCGCCUACGCAAUCGCCCACGCAACAGCUUUCGCAGAGUGCCUCAUUGCAAAUCUCGCCUUCCCCGGCGCCGUCUGGGCCCCCUUUGGUCUCCGGCCCGCCUUCCUCGCCGCCGGCCUGGCCCUCGCCGUCACGGGACAGACGGUGCGCUCCGCAGCCAUGGUCACGGCCGGCCAGAGCUUCAACCACACCGUCCAGCACUACCGCGCCGAGUCCCACAUCCUUGUCACGGGUGGCAUCUACGGCUGGCUCCGGCACCCUUCGUACUUUGGCUUCUUCUGGUGGGCUAUCGGUACCCAGCUCGUCAUGGGCAACCUCGUUUCUCUCGCCGCUUACGCCGUCGUACUGUGGUACUUCUUCGCCAAGAGGAUACGCCACGAGGAGGAGCUGUUGGUGAGGUUCUUUGGGCAAGAGUACGUCGACUACCGGAAGCGCGUCGGCAUCAUGAUUCCGUUCUGUGGGUAG